CGCAAAAUCGUUCUCAUUACUGGAGUCACAGGCUUUAUUGGCUAUCACAUCUUACUACACCCUGACCUACACUGGGUCCCCGUGCGAGCCGUUGUUCGAUCUACCGAACAAAUUACAACGCUGUUAAAGAACGAAUCCAUCGGGGCGCGUUAUCAGCAAGGACUAGUUGAUUUCGCCCAUAUUCCAGAUUUUUCGGAUGUUGGCAGUUGGAAAGUCGCACUGUGCGGCGUCGAAGUGCUGAUCCACGUCGCCGGACCACUUCCAUGGAAAUGUCUCGACCCGGUGCGGGACAUACUGGUAGCGACAGACCGCAUGGCCGCCGCCAUCUUUGACGCAGCCCGCACGUCACAUUUCUUGAAACGAAUCAUUCUGACUUCGUCAAUUUCAGCAUGUACACCCCUCCACGGGGAUGGACCAUUCUGCCCUACCACUCGAGUCUCGAUUCCAUCAGAACCUUGGUCAACUGUUUCUGCUGCAUACCAGGCCUCCAGAAUAAAUCUCCGGAACAAUAGUCACAAAUUUGUGCAAAGCAAUAAAUUGCCGUUUGACGUCAUCAACAUCCUCCUCCCCUUCGUUUUUGGGCGCAACCAAAUGGCUGAAAGUACUGGUGAUCUUCUCGCACAUUUCUCCAACCGAAUGCUUCUUGCCCUUCUUUUGGGUCACAGAACAAGUCACCCCAUCAUUGCACAAGCUGCGCAUAUUGACGACGUCGUGACUGUGCAUAUCAAGGCGAUGUAUGACACCAUUCCCGGAAACCAGGACUACGCUGUCACAUCGGCUAUAAUAUUCAACGACGCUAUCGACAUUGCUAGGAAACAUUUUCCACGAGCUUUUGAGAGCGGGGCGCUCAGGGCUGGGGACAUGCCAAGUGGAAUCGUGCAGUGGGAUACAAGGAAGACGAACAGGGUGUUUGAGAUGGGCUUCUAUGGAUUUGACCGGAUGGUGUUGGACGUUGUCAAGCAGUACCUUGAGUUUCUAGAG